GUAACCGGAUAUACUUUACCUAAUCUUGCUUCUCUCUCCAACUUCCAAGUUCCUGGCGCAGCACAAUGAAUCAUGCAGCACGUCCAAUCACCGGACCUUCGGCAGUGACCUCAGCUUUCUCCGCAUUCUCCGGUUUCCCCCCCUUCUUCUACUCACCAGGUACCGUCCUCGAUGUCGAAUUACCAACCCUCUUAGACAGCAACUUUCUUUUCAGUAAGAGUACAUCGCAUCUUCCAAAUUGUCCCCUCGGCUGUAUAAUGAAACUAGCAGCAAAGCUUCCCCUUCGUAUCCUGACCCACAACAUCCGUUAUGCAACCUCAUCCCCCUUCAAGGGUGAGCGACCCUGGGCAGAACGGAGGCAGCUGCUCCUAAACGAGCUACAGUAUAACACCCGCCAUCAGAACGCCUUCAUCUGUCUACAGGAGGUCCUACACAACCAACUGGUGGACAUACAUACCGGGCUGAACUCCUCGCACUCCGACUCCGCCAGCCAAACGUGGGAGUACAUCGGAGUUGGCAGAGACGACGGCUUUGAAGCAGGCGAGUAUUCUCCGAUCUUCUACCAACCGACCGUCUGGGAGCUGCGAGACUGGGAGACGGUCUGGCUAUCCGAGACUCCCUCCGUUCCUUCGAAGAGUUGGGAUGCGGCCUCGACGCGCAUCGUGACGGUGGGCGUCUUCACGCACCGCGCGAGCCGCCGCACCGUGCUGGCCUUGAACACGCAUCUCGACGACCAGGGGUCCCGAUCCCGGUAUGAAGCAGCCCAUAUCAUCCUGGGCAAGGUCGAGGAGUACCGGACGAGGAGCGCGCCGUUCGGGGGACGCAGCAUCUCGGGCGUGUUCCUCGCGGGCGACUUCAACAGCCAGGAGGACCAGGAAGCCUAUACCGUGCUGACGGCGCCGGAAUCGCCCCUGGCCGAUGCCGCCAAGUUGGUGGCACCCACGGAGCAUUACGGCCACUAUGUGACAUGGACCGGGUUUGGCUAUGAAGGACAGCCUCCCACCCGCAUUGACUACAUUCUGCUGGAAUCCACGGCCGACAAGGUUUGCAGCCACGGUCGCCAGCCGUGGACGGUCGAGGGGUAUGCCGUCCUCGAGAACCGGUUCGAGGAUGGCAUUUUUAACUCGGACCACCGGGCGGUGGUGGUCGAUGUGCUGCUGGGCGAGUAGAAGAUCGAGAAGAGAUCCAUGAUUCUGGCUGGAGUUGUUCUCCUUCUACGCAAUUAUUUGGAAAUAACCGGACGAGUAACGGUGGAAAAGCCAGGUCUGUCCAUA